UCCUCUCGGGAACCUGCAACUUCCCUCUCCGGGCAAAGGCAUCAUGAGCUGUCAGAUCUCCUACAAGUCUCGAGGAAGAGGAGGAGGAGGUGGUGGAGGAUUCCGGGGCUUCAGCAGCGGCUCGGCCGUGGUCUCCGGUGGAAGCCGGCGAUCAGGAACCAGCUUCUCCUGCUUGAGCCGCCAUGGCGGUGGCGGCGGGGGCUUCGGCGGAGGCGGAUUCGGCGGAGGUGGCUUUAGCAGUCGAAGUCUCGUUAACCUUGGAGGGUCCAGGAGCACCUCCAUUAGCGUGGCUGGAGGAGGUGGAAGCUUUGGCUCCUAUGGAGGAUUUGGUGGCAGAGGAGGUGGCUUUGGAGGCGGCCUCGGCGUUGGAGGAGGCAGUGGCUUUGGAGGAGGCAGUUUUGGUGGCGGCGGCUUUGGUGGAGGCCGCUUUGGAGGUGGUGGUGGCUUUGGAGGUUUUGGGGGUCCUGGUGGCUUCGGGGGUCCUGGUGGCUUCGGACCUGGAGGAUUCCCUGGUGGAGGUAUCCACGAAGUGUCUAUCAACGAGAGCCUCCUGCAGCCUCUCAAUGUGAAAAUUGACCCGGAGAUACAAAACGUGAAGUCUCAGGAGCGGGAGCAGAUCAAAGCUCUGAACAACAAAUUUGCCACCUUCAUCGACAAGGUACGAUUCCUGGAGCAGCAGAACCAGGUGCUGCAGACCAAAUGGGAACUGCUACAACAAAUUGAUGUGGGCACCCGUACCACCAACCUGGAACCCCUCUUCCAGGGGUACAUCAGCCAACUGCAAAGUUAUUUGGACAAGCUUUCUUCAGAAAGAAUGUCACAACAGUCAGAGCUGACCAACAUGCAGGAUCUUGUUGAGGAUUUUAAGAAGAAGUAUGAGGAUGAAGUCAACAAGCGCACAGCUGCUGAGAACGAGUUUGUAACACUUAAAAAGGAUGUGGACCAUGCCUACAUGAACAAGGUGGAGCUGCAGGCCAAGGUGGACUUGCUGAGACAGGAAGUGGAGUUCACAAAAACACUCUUUGAUGCAGAGCUGUCCCAGAUGCAACAGAGUAUCUCCGACACCACCGUCAUCCUGUCCAUGGACAACAACCGCAGCCUGGAUCUGGACAGCAUUAUCACUGAGGUCCGGGCCCAGUACGAGGAGAUUGCCCAGAGGAGCAAGGCCGAGGCCGAGGCGGUGUACCACAGCAAGUAUGAGGAGCUCAGGAUAACUGCUGGAAAGCAUGGAGACAGCCUGAAGGAGGUCAAGAUGGAGAUCAGUGAGCUGAACCGCAUGAUCCAGAGGCUGCAAGGGGAGAUUGCUCAAGUGAAGAAGCAGUGUAAGAGUGUACAAGACUCCAUUGCAGAUGCUGAGCAGCGGGGAGAGAAUGCCCUCAAAGACGCCCAGAGCAAGCUGAGUGAGCUGGAAGAGGCUCUGCAAAAAGCCCGCGAGGACCUGGCCCGGCUGCUGCGUGACUACCAGGACCUGAUGAACACCAAGCUGUCCCUGGAUGUGGAGAUCGCCACCUACCGCAAGCUGCUGGAGGGCGAGGAGUGCAGGAUGUCUGGAGACCUCAGCAGCAACGUGACUGUGUCUGUGACGAGCAGCAGCAUUUCUUCAAGCGUGGCCUCCAGGGCUGGGCUUGGAGGUUAUGGUUCUGGAGGUAGAGGGUCCAGUUCUGGAGGAGGAUUCAGCUCUGGAAGCAGCAGUUACAGCUCUGGAGGCAGAGGAUCUGGUUCCAGAAGCGGUGGUGGGAGUUAUGGCUCUGGAGGUGGCUCUCGAGGAGGUUAUAGUUCUGGAGGAGGAUACAGUUCUGGAGGAAAACGCAGCACUGGAGGCGGCUCCAGAGGAGGGUCCAGCUCUGGAGGAGGCGGUUAUGGCUCUGCGAGGGGUGGUUCUGGCUCCUGUGAAGGUGGCAGUUCCAGCGUGACCUUCUCAUUCAGAUAAGGAUGGAGUCCGCCCUUGACCCUCCCCCUCCAGAAUGCCUGUCUCUGUACAUCUGACAGCAAGUCAGAUCUUGUUAUCCACCUCUCACGGCAUUGUGGGGCAAAGGGAUGCCCAUCUAUGGUUUUUGAAAUAUUUUCAAAAGCCAGCUAACCAAUCAGCUGGAGCCAGUAACACCCUCUGUCCCAAGGGGAAGAGUCUGCAUUGUUUAGGUUUGUGCUUCCAGCCCUGCCCCCAUUCCCUGCCCCUUCUUGCAAUUGCCCUUUCGGUGGUCCUUCUCCCAGAGGGUAUUCUGUUGAGCACCCCAUCUCAAAGCCUGUGCCUUUCCCCUGGUGGUGCCCCCAGGGAAACAUGCUUCUGUGUAUAUAACCCUCUUGUUGGUUCUGCAUCUAAAGUGCUGUGGUCUUGGUGUCUGCACAAUAAACUUCAUUUGCAACUCA